GAAACGUGGCGGCGUCUGUCAUUGCGGUGGAUGUUUACUGUUGAAUAAAUGGUGAAUGUGCCGCUUUCUACCCAAGAGAAAUAUUCGCUGUGAUGCAGAAUGAAAAUAUUCGUCCAGCCCAUCCAAAACCAGCUUAAUCAACAAUGCGAAGCUUCUUGUACGCUGUAGGGGUCGCGACUCUCCUGAACCAAGCUCUUGGCCAGGAAUCGGUCGAGUAUCAAGACGCCCUGACGGGCUUCACCUUUUCUCGCCAUGACAGCGGCAGAGGUGUGUCCUUUGGCAUAGCCAUCCCGGGCAACGUCACGUCCGGAGAGCCCUACGACGCCGUGAUCCAGAUGACGGCAAGCAAGGACAUUGGCUGGUACGGCAUAGCCUGGGGCGGAUCCAUGACGUACAACCCCAUCUCCUUGGCGUAUCCUAAUGGCGACGACGUGACUUUGAGCGCGCGCAUGGCUUUCGGCUACUUCCCUCCAGUCACCUACCCAGACGCCACCCACCAAGUCCUGCCCACCGGCACCUUUGUCAACGAGACGCACUGGCAGGUGACGGCGAGGUGCACGGGAUGCACGCAGUGGGGAGACGAUGACAUUGGCGUCACCUACCUGGACCCGAGCGAGGACCAGUACCUGGCCUACGCCCUCUCCACCACGCCCGUCGACGACCCGGCCGACCCCGAGUCGUCCUUUAGCAUCCACUCGCAGACCGGACACUUUGUUCAAAACUUUGCCGGGGGUGCCAAUGAGGACUUUGAGGAUCUCGUUCAAAAGAAUUUGGGGGAGGUGGACGCGGCUGAGGGUGGCGCUAGGUGAUGAGUUGUUGAGGUCAAUGGAGUUGAUAGUUGGCAGGGAUGUCGUGAGCCGGUGCAAUACCAGGUACAGAGAAGCAAAUGAACAGAAUAACUGAGGAUAGACAGCAUUUUUGAGAGGACAAUUGGUAAACAAUCGAG